AUGUAUAACCAACACCACAAUUCCUUCCGUGAUAAAUACUUGGAUGCCCCAUAUUCUUUUCAUUCAAGUUGGGGUCCAGCCCCAAGUUUUUAUCCACCCAACUGUCAUCAUUCAGCUUCGUAUAUGUGCAAUAUGAGCCUUGCAAUCCCACCAAAUACUUUUUCUUCAGAAACUCCUCAAAAUCCGGUUACACAGAAACUCAAAGCUCUUCAAGUAACACCAAUAGUCACUGAUCAAAUUUUUUUCCAUAAUCAAGUCCAAUCACCACCAACACAUUUACCAUACAUUGGCCAACCUCCAUUAUUUUCAUGUACACCCUAUCAUCCCUCUAAUUUGCUCAACACUCCGGCGACUACUCCAAAUUCUUUGUAUCCGAACACUCCUGAAAAUCAAUGUUACAACAUGGCCUAUGGUUCUCCAACAGAUCCAAAACUGACUAAUCAAAAUCCCCGUGAUAACCAGGCUCAGCAAGCACAAUACCAAAUUGCGGAUCAGCAGUUGAGAUGUUUAUGGAACACAGACAGUAAUCCAUGCGAAAAGUUAUUCUCGAAUUCAAAAGAAUUGGGAUUGCAUGUCAGAGGAGAACACGCUAAAGGAAAACACAUAUGUCAGUGGGGUACAUGUGCCAAAUAUUUCAAGCAAAGCUACAAACUUGUCAGCCAUUUACCUGUUCACACUGGAGAGAAGCGGUUUCGGUGCGAUACAUGUGCAAAAACGUUCGGACGGGCUGAAAAUCUAAAAAUUCAUCAAAGAACCCAUACAGGUGAAAAGCCAUUCGCUUGCACUCAUUCUGGAUGUGAUAAGAGGUUCGGUAACUCCUCAGAUCGGAAGAAACACAUGCAUUCUCAUUCAGAAAAACGUUACUUCUGUGAGCACUCGGAUUGUGGCAAAAAUUACUCUGAUCCCUCAACUUUAAGAAACCACAACCAAACGCAUCACAAAGAUCAAAUUUUUAAACUCCGCCCUCUCCCGACCGCAAUUGAAAACACUGGUCCUAGUUUUAAAGAAUUCCAAAGUAAUCCGUUCGGUGAGGAUUAUAUAACCAAUUAUCAAAUGUGUUAUAAUUAUCACCAACCCGACUUUUAA